CGAUUCACUAAAGUCAAGCAGAGAAAGUCCGAGCUCGGCUUUAUAUAUUCACACCAAAUCAAUCACCUUCCUCCUCCUUCCUCCUCCUCUUCCUUUUCCUCUCUGAGCUGAAUCUUAACUCCAAAAGCUUUCUUCUUUUUAAAUAUUAGUAUUAGCAAUGGCAUCGCAUUACAACAGCUUCUUCGGCAGUGAAGAGCCACACUUUCUCGAAUCUUGCUCUCUUUGCCGUAAACACAUUGGUCUUAACUCCGACAUCUUCAUGUACAGAGGAGACAAGGCGUUUUGUAGCAAAGAGUGUAGAGAGGAACAGAUCGAGUCCGAUGAAGCCAAGGAGAGAAGCUGGAGACUCUCCGCAAGAUCUCUCCGUAAAAAAUCUUCCGAAGCAGCUAAAGAAUCAGCCGCCGGAAAAACCGUACGGACAGGAACUCUCGUGGUGGCGUAGUAGACGUGUUUUUAUUACAUAAGAAGAUCAAAAGCAGAUAGUUUUUUUUUCUAUGUAUGCAAUGUUUUGCUCUGUUUCUAUCUUAUCUUUGUUCCGAUGUCGGAAUCUGAGAAAGUGUAGAUCUGGUUUUUAUGUAAAUGAAUGUGGAGUUUGGGAGAUAGAGAGAGAUUGGGCUGUGUUUGAUAGUUUUUUUUUGUUCUCUGGGGGGUUUAAAUUUUGUUCGAUGUUCCAAGUUCCGACAAGAAAUGUUCCAAUUCCGACAAUAAACAGAGCAUACUAUGUUCUAAAUUCAA